AUGCGAACAUUGGAACUGGAUAAUAUGGGAGUGAAAAUCGAUGGUCGGCAGUUACGCCAUCUUCGCUUUGAUGAUGACAUCGUCCUUAUAGUACCAAACAUUAGCCAGGCGGAACGAAUGCUGGCCGGCUUUGAUAAAGCCUGCCGAAAGAUUGGUCUUCGGCUAAAUCUCACAAAAACGAUGUUCAAACGAAUAACUCCGAAUGCUCCAGUUGUUUUUCUUCGUAUUUUUGUUGAGCAAACGCGAGUUGCUGGAGUUGAUGUCAUGAUGAUGCCACACUGCGUCAUCGUGGGGAACACGGUGACUGCUUUAUGCAAUGCAAUGCCUGCACCAAUGAUGUGUCAACUAGACAAUGCGAUGAUGAUCGGUAGCAUUCCCGUUAGGCACUUGUCAAUUUCCGGAAGCCUCACGACCACCAAUGUCAUCAUGGCGAACUGGUCGAGAGAGAUGUGGCAAGGUGUGGUGAACAGAGCUGUUCGAAUGCUGGCAUCGGGUCCAUUUGGUACGAACUUCGCCUCGGCAUUUGCGACCGUCAACUGA